UGGCGAACGCUACACGUUCAAUGUUUAUCGCGAUACUUGGAUCACGAUACCACGAUAUUUACUGAUGGAUCACAAUAGACUCCAGACGUACAAUAUUUAUCUUGACCAUAUUUUCAUAAUUUUUGUGAAAGCUGUUUUAAAAAUGGAGACAGAAAAUCAGAUUAAAGCGAGUGUAGCUAUUUUACUGGCAUUUUCGUUAAAACGACAAGUGAAAAGAAAGAGGUGGAUAAAGAAAUGGCUUCAAGAUCAGGACAAAUUCACGCAUCUUAAUUUAUUGAAUGCAAUUCGAAAUGGACGAUUAUCAAAAUUUUUUCCGCCAUUUUUGUCCAAAAAGCAUACAAUAAUGAGAAGUGCAAUUUCGGGAUAAUGUCCAAAGAGUCAGUAAGCCAAGCAGUCAUGGAUACCUGUGAAGCAUUGAUAUUAUGUUCUUCGCGACUAUAUUAAGGUAAGUAAUAAA